UAUUUAGUUUACUGUUGUCAUGUAGAUGUCAGGGAUUAGAACAGUUUUGGCGGGGUCCCCGGACAAGAGCGUACGCCUACGCGCCAUUAUCACUCUUCUUAGAGUCGUAAACGCAAAGACCCAAGGAAAAUGGCAGCUGAAGUUUCUAGUGACAAAUCAAAAUACAAUUUGGAGGAGACAUUUAGUGUUAAAACUGAACCUGGGCACAAUGGACAUCUCUUUAACGGCGAACCAAACAGAUUGCCAGAAGGGAUGACAAAAGCUCCAGACACAGAAAUCUGUUGUGUAGAUGGUCCCUGCACAUUCUCAGAAAUAAAAGAAGAGCCCAAUGAACAGUGCAGUAGUUGGAGCACUGCAACUUCAUCAGAUAGUUGUGGAAAUGAAACCAUUUCUUCAGCCUUGAAAGUUGAACCAGGAGAUGAUACAUCUGUGCAUGUGCAUAACUGCCAGGACAUUAAAACUGAAUUUAAACAGGAGUCUCUUAAUGAUUCAGUUUAUGCUGGUACUCCUGAGCAAAGUAUUACAAUUGACAGAAAAAAUUCAUCUAUCCCCAUUGCUCAUGUGCAAGAUUCAAAAGAAUUCACACGUCCACCCUCAGUAGGUUCAUUCUCUGGACAAGAAGCAGCUUGCCCCCUGUGUUCUGCGUGCGGUGGAUUUUACAAUUAUCCUGGAAAUGAGGAGAAUGCUCCUCCUGCAAAACAAGACAUGAAGGUUUUUUGUUGUUGUGUGGAAAGCAAAGAUUUUAUAUCAAACAUUAAAACUGACCCUGAACAAGGGAAUGGAUGUUGUUUCAGCAUACAAGACCAGUCAUCAAUUGUAAAAGUGGAGCCAAAGUUCUCAAGUCAUGGAUCUGCAAUGGUCAGGCCACAAGUCAACUGGACAGGCCAUUACUUUGGUCAAAACACCCAUAACAUUCCUGCUCAUCAUCACAACUUUACUUCAUAUUUUCCUCCUGCAUUUAUAUGCUAUCCCAUGCAGCAAACACCAAGAUAUUCCCUGUCCAUGCAGACCCGGCGUGGCUUUAUGCAAUAUCAAAGGUGGCGAGCAGCCCUUCCUUAUCUUAAUUAUAGAGGGCCCCAUCACCCUCAUCUGAUGCCAUACCCAGUAAGAUCCUAUCCUGCUAUUGGAUACCAGAUGAACUACUGUCAUGAGAAGUCAGGGUCAGAAGAUACACCCGUGGUAAUUGGAUACAAAUUUAACGAGCUUUAUCAGGGACGUGUGUACAGCAUUCUUUUUGAUUGUAAGAGCUGUAACAAAGUGAUCGGGGGUGGAAUAGAACUUGAGAAACAUGCUGUUUUUUCCCAUGAAAUAGGCUCAGAGUUUGCGUGUUCUUGUGGCAUUCCUUACAGUAAGCUAAGUUCGUUAAAUGCCAUGUCACAUGUAACAGAUCAUCAUGGUGAAGGAAAGAAGUCGGUUUGUAUGGUGUGUGAAAAGUCUAUCCCAACCCCAGAUUUGAAGGAACAUUAUUGGCACGAACAUGGCCCAGGUGUUUGUCCGUUUCCUUGCAACCUUUGUGGGUGGAAAGGAUUUUUCAGAACUGAGUACUACAAACACAUGCGUAAAGACCAUAAUCUGCGUUAUGUUGCAGCCUGCCAGCACUGUGAUCUUAAGUUUGAAAACUUCCCAUCUUUACGCAAGCACGUGAAAGAGAAGCACCCUGUGCAGGUUAUGCAUGUGUGUGAAAUCUGUGGAUACAAAAAUAAAAAGAGAUAUCAUUUGAAGCAACAUAAAGCACAGUGUCAUUCCAAUUCUGAACAACAACAGCCAUGUGAUAAAUGUGAUAGAAUAUUCCUUUCUCUAAAAAGUUUGCAGAAGCACAAGAAAAUUUUCCAUGCAGUGGAGCAGGAAAUGUGCGAGGAAUGUGGCCUAGGCUUUUAUAAUUGGGAGAAUCACAUCGAUAGAUAUCACCAAAAAAAGUUUUUAUGCGAUAUUUGUGGCAACUUCGUUGUUGGCAGUGGCAAAAUUCAACACAUGAGAAGUCAUCUAGAUAUAAAACUAUAUGCAUGUGACUUGUGUGACAGAGAAUUUACCAGAAAAGACAACCUGGAGAAACAUAUUAGAGUUCAUACAGGGAAAGUGAUAAAAGAGUGUGAAUACUGUGGAAAAGGCUUUGUAAAUCACAGCAACUGGAAGCUGCACACCCGUCGACACGCAGAAAUAGGGCAUGAGAAACCAGACAAACCAGAUCCAUCAUUGUGUUUGGUAGAAGCUAGAAAGAAAAAGAAUGGAAAAAGUGGAACAUCAAAACAAAAGAACAAUAUGGAUUCUAAGAAAAGACCACCUUUAAAGAGACCAAGGAAGCAUGUCAGCAAGGGUGUCAGUGAUUGUGAUACAGACACAGACUCAGACAGCAAUUCAGAUUCAGAUGACUGUGUGAUCAUGACUGGCUCAGAGAGUGAUUCUGACACUUCGACAGGCAGUGGCAGAAAAUCUACAUUUACUAGGAGAGAAACCUCUAGAGGUCUGAAAAGGAAAGCUCAGAAAUUGACAAGCUAUGUGGAGAUUGACUCAGAGACAGAGACAGAGGAAGAUACUACCAACAAUUUUUGUCCAGAUGAAAAGUCGAGGAGUGAUUCAGAUGAUUCCCAAAGCUAUGAAAAAGUAGAUUUAGAUGGUAAAGAUAGAACUGAAAUGGCAAAUUCAAAAGAUGUGUACUUCCUGAAACAGAAUUCAGAAGUAACUAAUGAUGUGAAAUUAAGACAGACCUGCAAAGUGCUCCUUAUUAGAGUAGAAGAGAUGUGUUAGUGUUGACUACCAGUAGCUCUCCAUAAUAUCAGCAUCUGAAUUUCCAAGUUGUAUUGAUAACUUGUAGCUGGAGACUUUUGAAGUUUAAAAGUAACAUUGGGAGAUUUACUACUGUAUAUUUUUUCAAUAUGUAUUGAUAUGUAAAUUGAUAAUGAUUAUCUAUAACAGCUUAUUAAGUUUGUAAACUAGUCUCAUUAGAUAUCUUUUUAAAAAGUUAUUUUUUAUUAUAAUUAUAUUUUCUAUUCUUAUUAUUUUUGAAAUUUUGACUUUUCAGACAUUGACAUUAUUGAGUUGUGAUUUUGAACUCCCCUGGAGCAGAAACACUGUCACAGUGGUAGUUUUCAUGAAUAUCCACAUAAACAGAAGUGAGAAAUUAAAAUUGGCGGGGAUUAUUUUGUUAAGUAUUAUUAUUUUUCUGUGAGUGGUAUUAUGUAAUAUCAAUUCAUGGUUAAUGAAAAGAAAUUUUUGUGUACCAUCUUGUCAAAACAUUAAGUAUGUCUGCACAAUUUGACAGUUUUGCUACCUUGUUUUUCUUUAUGUUGCCUGCAUGUAGAUUUCAUUUAUUGGUAACCUGAUUUUCAGUCUUUUUGUUUUAUUUUAAAUUGUAAUAAAUUUGUAUAAUGAUUAAAUUUCUAGACUAAGAAAGCAUGACCAUGUAAUAAUACUUGUAAUAUAACAAGUAUAUGACAAGAUUUACAUAAAAUUUGUAGGAGUUAGUGUUAUGAUAGUACUUUAAUGUUUGUAUGUUAAACAAAGAUAAAAGACAUUACAAAAUAGA